CCCUUGGAAACCACUAGACUCCAUUUUCCUGGGCUUUAAAGAACUAGUUCUCUCUCAGGGAAAUAAUGAAAUCGAUUCAUACUUAUUAAAAUCAAAUCAAUAACCAACUAGAUCUCUUCUAAAUCUUCACAUCUGUCGCAAGAGCUUUGUGCCAUAAAGAAUGCCCUUUUUGGAUAAGCUUUAAGGAAGUAAAGUUGUCCGUUUGGAAUGUGACACUGACUUCAGGGUUGGAAAUUGAGCCUACAGCCUUCAUACACGAAUCUUGCCUUCUUGUCAGCCUGCCAUGAGCUGGAUGCUUCUCAGAGACCUCCUAAGCGGAGCGAAUAAAUAUUCAACUGGGAUUGGGCGUAUUUGGCUGGCCAUUGUAUUCAUCUUCCGUUUGCUUGUCUACAUAGUGGCAGCAGAACACGUGUGGAAGGAUGAAGAGAAAGAGUUUGAAUGCAACAUUAGACAGCCUGGUUGUGAAAAUGUGUGUUUUGAUUACUUCUUCCCCCUUUCCCAAGUCAGACUUUGGUCCUUACAGCUGAUCAUGGUCUCCACACCUUCUCUCCUGGUGGUUCUCCAUGUGGCCUAUCGAGAGAGUAGAGAGAAACGGCAUGGAAAGAAGCUCUAUGUCAGCCCAGGAACCAUGGAUGGGGGCCUGUGGUACACUUACCUGAUCAGUCUCAUUGUUAAAACUGGUUUUGAAAUUGGGUUCCUCGUUUUAUUUUACAAACUCUAUGAUGGCUUCAGUGUUCCUUACCUUAUGAAGUGUGAUUUGAAACCUUGCCCCAACACUGUCGAUUGUUUCAUUUCCAAACCCACGGAGAAAACCAUUUUCACCUUCUUCUUGGUCAUUACCUCAUGUUUGUGCAUUGUGUUGAAUUUCACUGAACUAAGCCUUUUGGUUCUCAGAUGCUUUACUAAAAGCUGUCUCCAAAAACAUUCUACAACAUUCAAGUCCCCAGUAUGUGAGUGCCACAACCUCAGGUCUGUUGAAUGUGGUAAGACAGGGGCUCCUCAACUACUCCACAAUCAUUGCUCAAGCUUUGACAUAAGUAUACCCCUCAAACCUCAAGCAAAGCUACGUUGCGACACCUGAGAGGAUUAACAAAGAAAAUUUGCACCUCUCUUUAGCAAGAGCUAAACAUGAUUCAUUGAUUGUAGGGCUCUGGUAUGUGUAUAUACAAGUUAGUUUUUGAUUAUUUAAAAAUUAAACAAAUAUAUUUAACAGCAAUAUUUGAAGAGUUUAGAUCUGUCACAAAAAAUUAUUAUUUUCUAUUUUUUGUAACUAUCUCAUUACAAUGUAUGCCAGUGAACUCAACAAAAAAGUGACCCUUCUGACAAAAUGGUGGUCUCCAAAUUGCCUUGGAGGCUGUGGUAAUCUUUCCAAAAUGGCAGCCAAGGCUCUUUGCAUGCAGUCUUAAUCUUUGUAGAGAAAGAUUAUGGUACAGAAGUCAUCUGCGGACACACAGCCCAGCUUUGAGAAAAGACUCAGAGCCAAGGACUCUGCAGGUUAGGUAUUACUGGAUCAAAGUAGACUCAAGGAGAGGGAAGAAAGCCAUCAUUUAAGAGGUCCCAAGUUAAAAGCAGACACUACUGGGAGAUAUCAUACUUAAGCACGAACCAUCCGGUAUAAUUGUAGAGUCAUGAAGGAAGAGAGGUCCUAGACAAAGCAGCACACUGACAGAGAGCGGAGGAGGCCACAGCAACGAACAUGUCUAGUUGAGAAUCACUUAGCACUUUUGUUUCACAAUAAAAACAUUAAAAUGCCUUGUACAUUUUCAUAUUGCUGGAUCUUUUUACAAUCAGGAGUUCACAAUCUACUAUAAAUAUAACACAAUUUGCCUACAAUGCUGGGUGUGGUAGGACCUCUCUAGUACAGACAAUGUAUAUUAUGCUGUUACAGUGGAGCAAGUAAUUUUUUUAAAGUUUACUAUCACUUGUUUUGAAAACUAGAACUUUAUUUUACUGUUGUAUAUAAAAAAAAAAAC